AUGUCUGUAACAACCACCGCCAACCCGAUCCACUACAACCUCGAGGCCACCCUCGCAGACUACGAUCUCCAUCACAGCGGGGAACAGACUGAGGGACUCGACACAAGCCUUAAUGCGCAUCCCGCACCGAAUUCGUCGUCAACGCAAUCGCAGCAGAAUCCUAGCGACUGGCCGACGGAACAUCGCCGUGUGCCUGCGUACCGCCCGAUCAACCACGAACUCGACCAGAGCGAGCGGAGAGUUUAUUUGAACGGCAUUGAACAAGCAUUUGUCGGAGUCAUGUUCACAGGCGUGUUCUUGGAAUCGCCCCUCAAGAUAACAAUAUGCGGCGCUGGCAUCGGCGGGCUCAGCGCAGCCAUCUUCCUGCGUCAACGCGGGCACGCAGUAACCCUCCUCGAAGCCUCUCGUUUCGCCAACGAACUCGGUGCAGCCGUGCACCUCGCACCCAACGCUAACGGUCUCCUCCGCCGCAUGGGCAUGGUCCCAGAAGCCCAAGGCGCUGUAGCGUGUCGUCUGAUGACGCAGAUGCUGCCGAAUGGCAAGGAACUCUUUACCGUGCCGCUCGAGCAUGACGCAGCGCGGUGGCAGCAUCCCUGGCAGCUUGGGCAUCGCGUGAGUCUGCACAGUGAGUUGAAGAGGCUGGCUACGUGUGAGGAGGGGGAGGGGAAGCCGGCUGUUCUUAGAUUGAGGGCGAAGGUUGUGGAUGUUGAUGCUAAGGCGGGUGUUGUUGUACUAGAAGAUGGGGAGAAGAUCCAGAGCGACGUUGUUGUUGGCGCAGAUGGCGUUCAUUCCAAGACUCGACCGCGUAUCCCUGGUGCGGAGAACAUCAAGACUUUUGGGAGUGGGAAGAGCGCGUUCCGUUUCCUGAUUCCCAGGCAGCGGGCGUUGGAUGAUGAGACGACGCGCAAGUUUGCGGAGAAGGAGGGUCAUCUCAUUAUGAUCUUUGCGCGGGAUCGGAGAGUGGUGGUGUACCCGACGUCGAACAACACGUUGUUGAACUUUGUUUGUAUUCAUCCGACGUCUGAGAGUCAGAUUGAUCCGGAAGAGCCAGGUAGCAGUGACUGGCAGAACCAGGGUAACUUGAACAAGAUGUUGGAUGUGUACAAGGACUUCGAGCCUGCGGUGCUCAAGUUGCUGGGUAUGGCGGACGAGGAGACGUUGAAGGUGUGGGAGUUGCUGGACAUGGACCAACUGCCGACCUGGACAGAUGAGAAGCUGGUGCUUAUCGGCGACGCUGCACAUCCAUUUACACCUCACCAAGGACAAGGCGCAGGCCAAGCCAUCGAAGACGCCGCCUCCCUCGCCGUCAUGCUCCCACUAGACACACCCCUCGACUCCAUCCCUGCACGCCUCAAGCUCUACGAAAAAUGCAGAUACGAACGCGCCUCCACAAUCCAAGAGUACUCUCGCGUAGCAGGCAAAGACCUCGGCAGCGGCCCACCAGUCGACCCCCACAAGUUCACAAACUACAACUUCGGCCACGACGAAUGGGACUACUCCAGCCAAAUGCUCCGCAAAUGGGAGUGGGAGAACAAGAAAGGUCUGUUCUGGCGGAUGCCUACUGCUUUUGGUCCCAUGCCGGGCCCGAGGCAAGACUUCGCUGGACGGCCGAGAGAUGGGUCGAAGGCUACGUUCAAGACUGCUAGUAUCAAGUUCAAGACGAGCCGGACUGUGUUGGAAAACCUCUUGCCGACGGAGAAGUUGCAGUUUGCGGCUGCCGAUACAGCUUGCUAUGCGAGUUUCGCGGUGACGCAGCUAGACAAUCUCGAGUGGCUUGGUGGUAGAGGAUACAGUCAUUUCGGGCUGUACAUCCAUGGCAUCCAGCACACGAAAGCGGAUGGCGAGACGGUGACGGGCACAUACCUGCCUGUCCUCUUCGAGAACCUGGCUGAUCCCAUACUGAGUGGAAGGGAGGAACUAGGCUUCCCCAAGCUUUUCGCAGAGCUCGAUGUGAAGAGUGACGGCGGCAAGUGGACGCUCGACGCAGGCUGGAUGUCAUCCAAGUUCUGCAGCAUGUCACUGUCCGGGCUGCAGGAACAUUCUGCAACGAACGGUGAAGCGCCAAGACUCUCUCCUCCUCUUCCGAAAGACGAGGGCCUCUUAUUGCACAAGUAUGUACCAGCUACUGGUAACAUGGGUAGCAAGGAGCGCGGGCAGGCGGAUGUGGAGUACACCGCUUUUCUGCCGGGUGAGGAGGAUGCGAAGACGGUGGAGAAGAAGGUCGAGCGGACGUUGAAGGCGAGCUCGGCUGAUAUCUCUUUUGAUGCUUUGGAUUGGAAGGCGCUGCCAACGCUGCAUCACAUCGUCGAGAGACUUAAGGAGGUGCCUGUGUAUGAAGUCAUCGAGGCAAAGGUCGUCGAAGGUACCGGAGUAAGCGACGUAAGCUCGAUCCGGAAGCUAGCAUGA